GGCCAAACCAAACAAGAAAAACUUAAGGAAAUUUUGUAUUAUAGCCUUGUAAUAUUUCAACAUAUUGCUGAAAAUGAAUUGCCUUCAAAAAUGGAAGACAGUUAUUGCAAUGAUUAUUGUUGAAUUUGGUUUUGCUGCUGUAAAUGCACUUUUCAAGAAAGUCCUCAAUGGAGGAAUGGACCAAUUGGUGGCAUCAACAUAUAGGCUUGCAGUUUCUGCUAUUUUCAUAGCCCCCUUAGCCUGGUUCUUCGAACGAAAUGUGACAUCAAAAUUAACGGCUCGCAUUAUCUGUUCUCUGUUUAUCAGUGCACUGCUGGGGGGCACACUCACUCAAUAUUUCUUCUUACUUGGCCUGGAAUACACAUCAACAACAUUUAGCUGUGCUUUCCUCAAUAUGGUGCCUGUCAUCACUUUCAUUUUGGCCUUGUUACUUAGGCAAGAAACUAUAAAACUAAAAAGCAGGAGUGGAAGAGCAAAGAUAUUAGGCAUUCUAUUCUGUCUUGGUGGAGCAUUAAUACUCACUUUGUACAAAGGAAUUCCAUUGAUAAAUCCAUCAGCAGAAUCAAGAAUUGAAACAAAUCACAGCAAAAAGAGUUGGUUUCUUGGUUCAAUAUUUUUAUUUGCAGGUUGUUUUGUGUGGUCUGCUUGGUUUUUAGUACAAGCUAGAAUUAGCAAAGAUUAUCCUUAUCAAUAUUCAAGCACAGCAAUUAUGUCAUUUUUUGGAGCUUUUCAGUCUGCAAUAUUGAGCUUUAUUAUUAGCAGAAAUGUAACAAAAUGGAUACUCAAAGGUGGAUUAGAGAUCUUAAGUGUCAUAUUUGGUGGAAUGGUGGGAUCAGGUUUGUGCUAUGUUGUAAUGUCAUGGUGUGUAAAGCAAAAGGGUGCAGUUUUCACCUCAGCAUUCAGUCCCCUUAUUCAGAUUUUUGCUGCUGUUUUUGACAUCUCCAUACUUCAUGCUCAAAUUCACUUGGGAAGCAUAUUGGGAUCCAUUUUGGUUAUUAUUGGCUUGUAUUUUCUUCUAUGGGGUAAAAGCAAAGAAGCUGAGAUUUACAAGAAUUCUCCAGCAAUAGAAAAGAAUGGACAGUCUGCUCUACCAAUUACUGCAAGUCCAACUCAUAUUUAAAAAAUUCACAUGCAACUGAAGUUCAAUUAUCUGAUGCACCAGUUAAUGUUAAUUAUAAUUCCAAAAGUGACCAUCUUGUUUGAUGUCCCUGAAAUAUUAUUGAAGAUCAUUGGAAUUUUUUUUCUAGUCCAAGUAAAUAUAUAACCCUUUGCUAGUUUCAA